CGGAAAUCUGUUAAGUAGUCUUAUGUCUUAUGUCUGAAGGAUCAUCUAUCUUGUCCUGUGGACCUAAAAGACAAUACGGGACUCUAGAAUCCACGAAUACUUCACAAAAUCCUUAUAAAAUCUACAACGUCAAACCUGGAGAUACUCUCGUGUCAAUCGCUGUGCAAUUUGGGACAACAGUACAAAAGUUACGAUGGAUUAAUCGUUUGUGGAGCUCCGACAUAUCCAACAUAACCACAUUAAAAGUUCCUGUCAAGUUUCAAUCUGAGUCUAGGGUUUUUAUACACCAUAAUUCAAUAGAGUUGUCUACAGUCAAAAAGAAAUCUGAGCCUAGUAGUGAAGACACUCCACAAAUAGCUUCUGCUAGCAUUUAUUUUAAAGAAUUGUCAGAAAGGGUUGAAAAGGCUAAGGAGGCUGCCUCCCGCUGUUUAGAAAAGAGCAGACUACCUGAAAUCAUAGCUGACUGUGAUCCCAGUAAACAGGAUUGUUUUCUCAUGCCAAGCUUAUCGGUAACUGAUGAAACAGUAGUCAUGGUAACAUCACCUACAACUUCCAAACUUAACUCAAUUACUGAUUCUCGAAAAAGGUUUUGUUCAAUUCCUACAAACAGUAUUCAUGAUCCAUGCUGAUUCGUAUGUUAGAUUAGAUUAUCUCGUGUAAAAAUGCAUAACAUUUUUUAUAAUAGUGCAAUAAAUAUGUUGUCUUUGUCCGUCCGGACUGUGAUAAUUCGUUCUCUUUGUAAAUUUUUGUUCGUUUACUCACAGUUUAGUUCGUAUUG